AUGAAGUCCGCCGUCCUUCUCUCGGCCCUCGCGGGUCUCGCCUCCGCCAACCCUACCAGAACCGAGAAGCAGCUCCCUAACCGUGCUGCUUCCCUCCCCGCCGUCACCGUCUCCGGAAAUGCUUUCUGGGCGGGCAAAGAUCGAUUCUAUAUCCGCGGCAUCGAUUAUCAACCCGGUGGUUCCUCCUCCGACGAAGAUCCUCUCGCCGAACCCACCGUCUGCAAGCGUGAUAUUGCGCAGUUCAAGAAGUUGGGCAUCAACACUAUCCGUGUUUACAUGGUCGACAAUACCUUGAACCACGACGAGUGCAUGAACGCUCUCGCAGAUGCCGGCAUCUACCUCGUCCUCGACGCCAACACCCCCAAGUACUCCAUCAACCGAAAGGAGCCUUUCCCUUCGUACAACGGCGCCUACCUCCAGAACGUCUUUGCCACCAUCGACAUGUUCGCCAAUUACACCAACACACUCGCCUUCUUCUCAGGUAAUGAAGUCAUCAACGAGGAGCCUGGUACCACGAUCAGUGCCCCCUACGUCAAGGCCGUCACUCGUGAUAUGAGGAAGUACAUCAAGACUCGUGGAUACCGCAGCAUUCCCGUUGGUUACUCCGCCGCCGAUGUUUCGGACAACCGUAUGCAGACCGCACACUACUUCAACUGUGGUCCCGAUGACACUCGCAGCGACUUCUUCGCUUUCAAUGACUACUCCUGGUGCAACACUGACUUCGUGACUGCCGAGUGGGACAAGAAAGUCCAGAACUUCACCGACUACGGUCUUCCUAUCUUCCUUUCGGAGUAUGGUUGCACGACGAACGGACGUGACUUCAACGAAAUUGGGGCACUCAUGAGUGCUAACAUGACUGGUGUCUAUUCCGGCGGUCUCAUGUACGAGUACAGCAUGGAGUCGAACGGUUUCGGUAUUGUCCAGAUCAACAAGGACGACACUAUUACCGAUCUCAAGGAGUUUGACAACUUCUCCAAGGCUCUUGCUAAAUACCCCGCGCCCACCGGUGCCGGCGGUGCCGCCUCCACGACCCACGCCGUCGCUUGCCCUACCCAGGACUCCAUCUGGGAAGUCGACCCUGAUAUCCUCCCUGCUAUGCCCACUACCGCCGAGAAGUAUUUCAAGGAUGGUGCUGGUACCGGUCAGGGUCUCGCCGGCAAGGGCUCUCAGACCGACUGGGACUCUGGCGUCUCCUCGACCAACAUUACCGGAAGCAGCAAGGAGGGCGCCGCUAGCGAGGAUGCCGCUGGUCGUAUCGACCUCGGUGUUGGUGCUGUGCUCGUCACUGGUGGUGCCCUCGCCUUCAGCCUCUUCGGCACCCUCCUCCUGUAA